UGUUGUCCUCCUCUCUCGUACUUGCUGCGCCCAAAAGGGUCCAUAAUUGAAGUUGAAAUGUUAUCUACCAAACACAUUAUGGAAUGCAAUAAGAAAUAAAUAAAUAAAAUAAAUAAAAAUGGCGCAGACUGCCACUGGGAAAAAGCAGAAGAGCCCUAAGUAGGUUUUAUUAAGUCUGUGACUGAGUUUAUAGCAUUUGUCUUGAUGACUAAAUGUCACAUGACGUUCAAAAGUCUAUUUUUGAGCCAGUAAAUAUAUAAUACUAGUAAUUUGUUUGAAUAAGUUUUUUUCAAAGUUCGAGUUGUGUGUAAAUAAAUAUGCCCAGGCUACGAAUUAUCUAGAGUCCUACAGUGAUUGAGUUUUAAUAUAAAAAAGACAAAAUAUUAAGCAUGCGACAAUCGCAAAUGUAUGAUUCUAGUAAGUUCAGUACUGUGACAAACAGACGGAGCCGAAGUACGUCCUCCCCCCGAGACAUAGAGUUGCAAUAUUUUGAAAACCGCAAUGAGCUAGAGUAUCCUCUGUGGUGGACAAGAGACCGCUUUUCCCGCUGGCUACACUCCGUUCCUGAUGACACGUUCUGGAAUAUUCUGAUGUGCAUUGUGGCGCUGGUGGCGAUCGUAUGGGUAGCUGUUGAACACAGCCACCCCGUUAUACACUUGGUGGAUGCGCUGUACAAUGUCAUAUACGCUGUCCACGUGCUGGGGAUAGCGUAUGAUUCAUUUAUCACAAUUGAGAUUGUUGAAGUGGGCUACUGUACAAUGUUUCGUUUCGUGGUGGACUUGGCGUCGUACCUUCAUUACGUGCUGGUGGUAGACCGGCGCAAGGAGUUCAAAUUAUUGUGCUACUACCUACGGCUUCACAGGCCGUUCAAAUAUCUUUGGCAAUUAAAUGAUUAUAACCUCAAAAGUAGCAUUCUUGGUACAACCCUCAAGUACUGCUACAUAUUUCUCGUAUUAAGAGUCACGUGGGCAAUCAUCUGGCUUCAUGUUGAUGAGUUUGAGCGUGAAUACACUGAGGUAGCAUGGAGGCGCGCUCCGUACGAAGUGCAACAAGAUAACCGACACUUCCAAGGCAACAAGGACAAUAUCGCCAGUCAAUUCCUUUUUGCAGUGUAUAUCGUCAAUAAAAUGUUCAUACCUAUUGGGCCAUCAGUAGCACCAUCGAACGAUAUAGAACGAAUAACCUGUUUGUUUGUAAUGAUAUCGGGAUGCCUGGUGGUGACCGGAGCUGCCGUGGCGUCGCUCUCGCUCGUCAUCAGCAUAUACAUGAGACCCGAGGAGGAAUUCCGUACGAGAUACAGGCUGAUCAUGAAAGAGAUGAAAACAACAAAUGUUCCACUCCGUCUUCGUGAGAAAGUGGAAACUUUCUACAAAAUGUACUGGCACAAGCAGCGAGCGGUGUCAGCUACGCAGCUACUGCCGACCUACCCUCCCACACUGUCCACCACCAUAUACGCAGAUAUAUACUUCGAGGCCACACAGAAGAGCCGCAUUUUAUGCGACCUCUCAUAUGAGUUCCUGUCCGAGGUGGCCAAGAAAAUGAGUACAAUACACUACAUUCCUGGGGAUGCUAUCAUCAAGAGGUUGUCCACAAAGUCCUCCAUUAUCUAUAUUACUUAUGGUGAUAUUGAAAUGCUAACAGCGGAGGACAAUAGCACGGCUAUCCUGCGUAUGACCCGCGGGACGAUAGUGAGUCCGGUGGCGGGUGCGGUGGCGGCCGGCUGCGGGCCCGCGCACGUGGAAAUCAGGGCGGCGACAUUCUGCGCGGCGCACGUGCUCGCCGCCGCCGACCUGUGGCGGCUCGCGCUCAAGUACGCCACUGGCGCCGACCACACACGACUCAUACUAGCCGCCUUCUACGAACAUUUUGAACGAGUUAAGAGACAUUACUAUCAGAAAACUCCUGAAGAAGUCAAACACAAGAGCAGUAUCCUUCACUUCAAGCGUAACCUGCUGGCGUUGAAAGAAGCCAAAGACGUCAACGGCAACCCGCUGCUCCCUAGAGCGGAUUUUUUCUUAGAAAUUGCUGGUUGCUACAUCAUGAGAAAUAGACCAGACGCGGCUUUGAACCAGGAGACGGAUGCCAUUUGCUUACGCUCAACGUUCCCAUGCAUCCUGCAGCCGGAGUCCUCGCUGCAGAUCGCGUGGCAGUCCUUUGUUUCGGCUAUAAUACUGGUUGUGAGCAUUGUGCACCCGUACUACUUGGUCUACACGAGCACCGUGCCACUCGAAUUCAGGUUCUUCGACUACGUAGUGACAGUGGUUUACGCACUGGACCUGAUCGCGUACCUGUCCACCGGCGCCAAUGUCGAAGAAGGUGUACCGAUAUCGUUCGCGCAGACGUCCUCACAGCAGAUGCGCAGCCACUGGUUCGUGCUGGACGUGCUCAGCACUCUGCCUAUUUUCGAGUUCAUCGGGGAAGGGCACUUUGCCGGCAUCAACAAACUGCUCAGGUUGCCUAAGGUGUUCCGCGUGCUGAAGUCCAUGGAGGAGUUGUGCGUGUACCAGAGCAACGGGAUCCGGUUCUUGUCGUACACGCUGCUGCUGCUCGUCGCGUGCUACCUCAUCGCCGCCCUGCAGCAGGCCUUCAUGUGCUUUCAAUUCGGUUACUGCCUUGUGACGAACUUCACUCACUCCCCAUAUUGGUCUCACGAGCCGCUGGACGGAGCCGCGGUCGAGGACAGGCUCACGUUCGGACUCUACUGGGCUAUAUCCAUGAUUACUUUCACUUGCCACCUAGAAAUGUGGGGCCUCACCAAGUGGGAUAACGUACUAUACACCAUGUUUGUGCUAGAGGUGUGCAUUGUGCUGCACAUAUUCAUCGAAGCUGCGUACUCUGCUACUAUCGUGGUUACCACGGCGUUAAGAGAAGAUUACGACUCAAGCAUUGGAAUGGUAAAGGACUUUCUGAUAAGGAACCACGUAGACCCCGUGAUAAGGCAACGCUUCAUCACGUAUCUGCAGCUAUGCUGGUACACAGAUAAGGCCUAUUCGUUGUCGAAUAAGAAAACGUCCAUCUUCUACGAUUUGCCCCCGCACGUGUAUCAAGAUAUAGUGGCCAGUCAGCGCAGCAAGUACCUACUGACUGUUCCCUUCAUCAAGUUGCUGGGAAAUGAGGAUUUGAAGCAUGUGUCGUCUGCGGCGCGUUUGUUCUACACGUCGCCGAACGAGGUGCUGCUCAACACCGGCGACAUCAGCUACGAAAUGUAUGUCAUCAAGCAGGGCAUCUGUGAGAUUUUCAACCCUUACACAAGAAAUUCAGUUGGUUUUCUCGGUCCAAAAACCCAUUUCGGUGUCCUCGAAUGCCUGCUACGUUUGCCUGCUUACUACACAAUCCGUGCGGUGACUCAUGUCCAAGUGUUCUCUAUAUCGCGGAAAGUGCUCUCCCAUGUCACCGACCUGCCGCAGAUUAAGGAUGCUAUCGAGUUCGCUAAGACUCAGCCGGAGUAUACCCGUCUGAUGAUGCGACGCUUCUCGUUCUUAUGCUACGAGCCGCCCAAGCCUACUCCUAACAGGGAACAGUUCCCGCUGCCCAAGAAAUACGAGAUGGACUAUGAAUACCUGCAUCCCUUCAGAAGACUUGGCUUUUUAUCCAUAUUGAGGUACAUCUUCCCCCGGUUCACGAUCCGUCCAGAUGGCGACUACCUGGUGCGGUACGAAUGCCUCCGUGCGGCGUGCGCCUUGGGCUCCGCGAUGCUGUUCCCCGGCUAUUCGUACCUGGUGCUGCAGUGGCCCGUGCUCUACUUCCUCGCCUGGCUGCUCGAUAUCUCCGCUUAUUUUGAUAUUUUUCAGCGCAUGCUGGUGGGCUACUUCAACGAGCACGGUAUCCUGGUGUUCCACCCGUCGAGCACCGCAGCACAUUACUUGAAGGGCGCAUUUAUCGUGGAUCUGAUCGUUUGCCUGCCUUUAGAGUAUUUGGAGGCGCCAGGAAGGGAAUCAUUCCACGACAACUACCGGCUGACGCAAACGCGACAGUUCCUGAUGCUGAACCGCCUCCUGCAGCUGUACCGGCUGCCCAGCGCCAUGCUCACCCUCUCCGGUUACAUCGAGAGGCGGGAUAUACUGCUCGUUAUUAAAGCCAUCCCGCUCUUUAUGGCCUUGCUGAAUGUGCUGACGUGCUUCGUCGUCUACUACUCAGUAGAGAUAUUCUGUUCUAUGGACGACACCGGGUGGCAGAUCAUACCUCACAAGGACAAGGGUGGCUCCUGGAUUGAACUGUUUAGCUCGUCCUUUCGGUUCAACGUGACGGAGACGCCGUGGAACCUGCACCUGGCGUCGUACUUCUGGGUGGUGUUCGAGACCACCACCACCGGCUACAAUAUCUUCAACCCGAGCAACUUCCACCUCAUGCGGGUGUUGUUCGCCGGAAUGGUCAUUGGUGCGAUGAUAACAACGUACUUCUCUGUGCGCAUCAUCAGCAUCCGCGGGAACGUAAACAAGGCACUGGCCAGCUUCCAGGAGCACAUGAAGGAUAUGCUCGUGUUUAUGCGCAGAGAGAAUUUAGAUCAAGAUCUGCAAAAAGUGGUCCUGGAUUACUACGAGUAUAACUGGGAUAAAAUGGGCGGAGUGAAUUAUAGACAGGUGCUGAAGCUGUGCGAUCAAAUCACGCUGCGUACCGACACCAUCCUUCAUAUUUAUGGGCCAACAUUUGCAAAGUGUCCGUUCCUAGUGAAAUGCGACGUGUCUCUACUGCGUCACCUAGGCCGCGCAGUGCGCAGCGUGUACUUGCUUCGCGACAUGCCCGUGGUUGAGCUGCACGACGUCAUCGCCGACAUGUACUUCGUGGACUACGGCAGCGUCGACGUGCUCGACACCAGCGACGACAACAGUACGCUCUCCAAGCUCACCAGGGGCAGCGUGUUCGGUAACCUGGACAAGAGCGCGACAGCGCGGAGCUCAGUAACAUUUAUGGCCAGCAGUCGCGUCCACCUGCUGCAAAUCAACUCCACUGCCUUCCACCACAUCAUCAGCGACUUCCCCGCCGUGCUCGCACUCGUGAACAAGUAUCGCUCCAAUAAUGCGGACUAUAUUAUUGGCAACAUGGGCGAAUCCUUGCGUACCUGGAAGGAACAGAGCCCAAGCUUGCCCGCCGUGGUGCGAAAUCGCAAAGGAUUAAUAAAGCACCUCCAUUUAAAGGAGAAAUUCAUCCAAAUGUACCUCAUCAUAGUUUCGUUGCUGUGCAUAUAUUUAGAUGUGUACAACGCAGGCUUCCAGGACAACAGGACUGUUCUGAUCAUCAUUCUGUAUGUGUUAGACAUAGGGUUUUAUGUGAAAAUCUUGGCGUAUUACUCACUCCCUUAUAUGGUGGAUUCGCUGGAUUUCAAAAAGGUUCUAUUACCUAUAAGAAGGACGUAUUUCAACAGCGAAUUCAAAUACGACCUGUUAUCAUGCCUUCCGAUUGAAUUGCUGAGUUUGCUCUCAUUCAAACAUCGCUGGAUGCUGUUCUCUUGGCUGAGGUUCAACAGGAUAUUUCGAAUUGUGACGGUGUACAAGUCCCUGAAGCGGCACAACGAGCGGCUGUCCAUCAACCUGCCGUUGAGCACGGCGUGCGCGGUGCUGGUCUGGUUCACGCUGUUCGUGCACACCGCCGCCAGCCUCUGGCACUACGUCGGCCUCAUGGAGGAGCACACGGAACCGCGAUCCUCGUGGAUACAUAACAACGCUGGUGGUAGCUGGUGUCACAACUAUUACAUCUGUUCGGUGUACUUCAUACUGACCACCUUUACGCAGAAUGGAGUCGGAGACAUCAUGCCCAAGAAGCAAUCAGAGGUGGUUUUCGUGUGCAUACUACAGAUAAUAUCCACCAUGGUGUACAUGAUUUAUGUGGGCGAAUUCUCCAACAUCAUCCAGUACCAGUCAUUUAGAUCAGUCGGCUUCUACUGCAAAUACCUAGAGCUUCAGGAGUUUUUAAAGAACAAUCGCGUAUCAAAGAACCUGGUGGCGGUGGUGAACAAAUACUCCCUACACGUAUGGCGCGAGUCGCGCGGCGAACAAGUGCCGGACCUCCUGAGGAGUGCGCCGCGCUGCCUCAAGCUGGCCGUCAUGUCUGCCGCCUACCUCGAGCAUCUGACCAGUAAUCCCGUCUUCAAGAACUGCGAACCUGCUUUUCUGAGACAACUUGUGGGACAUUUACAGUUAUACAUUUAUAAUGAAGGCAUGUAUGUAGUGAAGGAGAGCCAGAUCACGGACUCCAUGUACCUGAUACACUCGGGUCACGUUCAGGAGACUGGAACGAGCCGCAACACUUUGAAAGUCUUCAAUACCGGAGAGUGUUUUGGAAUGUAUGAAGGUCUAAACCGCAAUACACCUUAUGCACACACAUAUCAGACGCUCACCAAAUCUCGAGUGCUCACGCUACACUUGGCUGAUUGGGAAUAUUUACUCGAACAUUUUCCUCAAAGUAAAAACUUGAUUUUUAAAUACAUGCAGUUUGAUGAUGAUCACCCGGAUAAACAAGGAGAUCCAGAAGUAAUAAAUGCAGACCCUUCUAAAUUCAUAGCUGAAGAUUUGAAAAAGGAACCAAGUUCACUUCGCGUUAGGCCUCCUGAACCACCUCCUUCCCCACCGCCAUUUCCCCCAGCUCCGCCAUCAUCGCCCUCACCGUCUGCAGCGGACAGAGGUCUUACUUUUUAGGACAAAUAGAGGAAUCUUCUGAUACAGAAGAGAUUAAAGCAAAUCCUCUGAAAUCCGAUGACUCUAUUCUGAAGAUAAGUGAACAAAAACAGUCAACAGGAUUUAUAAAAGCUAAACAAGGUAGCAAAAUAUUACAUCUUGAACCGUCUCGUACAAAUAUUGGCUCUAUGGACUCCGGAGCGGGGGCUGAAAGCAAGACGACUCUCCAAAGUACUGCUUCAUUAGAUAGCAGAGAUACAGAUGAGUUUCUGAACAAAAUAAAGAGCAAAAAAAAUUUAGAAACUUUAAGACAGACAAAUGAAUCUCUCUAUGUUACUCAAUCUACCACGACACAAAAAAAAUCUACACAUAGGAAUACGGGAGAUACAGAAGAAGCAUUAAAAAAACUAUCAUCACUUAUGAAUAGAGCUAAGAAAUUAUUUCGCAAGAAAGAGCUAAACGUAAAUGAAUCAGUAGCGGAUAAUUCUGAAUCUAGUGAUGAAGAUGUUUUACUGAUAGAGGAAGAUGAGGCUGCUACAUCUGAUCUUCUAAAGAAAUUUUUAGAGCCAUCCAAACAAAGAGCUAGCAAUGUAAUUGAGAAGGAAAAAAUAAUUGCAAAAAUAAGCAGAACUAAUUCGGAAGAAGUGAUUGAUGAAGAAAAUGAGGAGCAUAUAGAAACAUUGGACAUUGUCAAAUCAAAUGCAGCUAUGGAGAGAUUUCAACAUACCGUUAAUAGUGCGAUUUUUGAUACAGAUAAAAAGAUAGAAGGUCUCGAUAUAACAGACGACGAUGAGGAUGUUAAUAUUCAAAGAUCAUCGUUUACUAUGAAAGACGAAUCUACAGCUGCUUCGCAUUCGAAUAAGCGUAUUAUACGUGUACGAUAUGAAAAUGACGCACCUUCUUCUUCUCAAGCACAGAAUAAUUUACCACAUCGUGACUCGAAAUCUAUUCAAAAUAUUCCAGUCGAUGAUAAAAAUCUUAGGUCGCUAGAGAGCGACAUGGAAGUAAAAGUUCAACCUAAGGUAGAAAAAGAAAGCGAGUCAAGUUCAACAGUCACCGACAUUUCUGAGAGUGACAAGCAAAAUAAACACAAUCGUUCUUCAAUUUAAUUUACAUAUAUAGACUUUUAACAUCUAAAUUUGUUACUUUCAUUAUAAAUAAACAGAGAGAGAUAGUAGUAAAGACUGUUGAUAUUUAUAAAUUUGCAUAUUACUAUCUGAAUGUUUACCACCCUAAAGGUAACUCAUUCACAGAUGUAAGGUUAUCACCGAGGCAUGCAUUUAUCAAGUCCGUCCAUUUGGAACGCGGCCAAAUUUGCGAUUAUUUUGGAGUAUCGUUAACAUUGGUUGUUUGUACGGCGGUUCACCGCCAAGGAUUGUACACCGUGGCCUAUUCCCGUUUGUUGAUAUUGAUAUUUAGAUUUGCCUUCUGUUUUAUUAUAUUAUCAAAACAGUAUAUCAGUGGGGCGCAUGCCAAAAAUUGAAAUAGUCGUGCUGUUAUGAACUUUUUAUUUUGUCUUUGUAUUAUUUUGUUGUCGCCGAUUGCUAUUCUAUUUUUAUGUUUAUUUUUCUUUCAAUAUUUUACUUUAAAUCUAAUGUUUUAUUAUUUGUCUUGUAAUAAUUAUAAAUUUGCCGUUGAAUA